AAACAAAAGUAUACUAGUAUUUUUUUCUUAAUUUAAUCUACUAUUACUAUUUCAUAGGAAAUCAAAACGUUGAGGAAUGAUGUGAUGUUACGCAACACCAGACGACAGAAUAGAUUCCACUCCGCACUUUUCAACGUUGGCAGGCGAUAAACAUUGAGCGCACAAAAUAUGGCGCUUACGUGGCACGUCCUCGUUCAUUACCAUUCCCCAUUAAUUACACGGCAAAUGGGCUAUGGGGAGGGAGGGAGCAGGGAAACUUCCCCUUCCUCAACUCACCGCCAUCGGCCGAACAAAGUCCGCGAUUCGCAGCGCCCUAGGAAAAACCCAAAUCGCCUUGCUUUAUCCUUCUGAUUUCUUAUAAAAUUAAUAAUUAAUAGCAAUUCUGUUCCUAUCAUGGCUGAAUACUGAAACGACAUAAUCACCUGACCCACCCCCUAUCCUCUAUCUCUCUUUAUGGCUCUGCAAAUGUGGGUAUAAGAUAAGGUUCCGGAUACAUUCAUGUACAUACGUAUAAAAACGCUUACGUGCUGCUGUAUUUCUACGUAUUAGGUGUUGGAGGUGCUAUUUGAGCAGUACGUAUUAGGUGUUGGAGGAGGUGCUAUUUGAGCAGUUAAUAUCUCGACUCCGCGUUUAUUUGAAGUUCCUUUCAUCAAUCCUCAAGCUUCUGGCUUGGCGCCGCUUGCCGACAAAAAAAAGGAAAAUGUUUGACAAAGACUUUUUCACUGAAUAUGGCGAAGCAAGUCAAUAUGAAAUAAAGGACGUAGUUGGCAGAGGAAGUUAUGGGGUAGUUGCAUCUGCAAUAGAUACUCACACUGGAGAGAGGGUAGCUAUUAAGAAGAUGACCAAUAUCUUCGAGCACACCUCUGAUGCCACACGCAUUCUUAGAGAGAUCAAACUCCUACGGCUGCUGCGACACCCAGAUAUAGUUCAAAUAAAACACAUAAUGCUUCCUCCAUGUAGAAGAGAAUUUAAAGAUAUAUAUGUUGUUUUUGAGUUGAUGGAAUCUGAUCUUCACCAUGUUAUAAAGCUAAAUGAUGAUCUAACUCCUGAACAUCAUCAAUUUUUCUUGUACCAGCUUCUUCGGGGUCUAAAAUACAUCCACACAGCACAUGUUUUCCAUAGAGAUUUAAAGCCAAGAAAUAUACUUGCUAAUGCUGACUGUAAACUGAAGCUCUGUGAUUUUGGACUUGCUCGGGUAUCAUUUACUGAUGUUCCUUGUGCUAUUUUUUGGACUGAUUAUGUGGCAACUCGAUGGUAUCGUGCUCCUGAACUUUGCGGUUCAUUUUUCUCCAAGUACACCCCUGCUGUUGAUAUUUGGAGUGUGGGAUGUAUAUUUGCUGAGUUGCUCACGGGAAAACCAUUGUUUCCUGGGAAGAAUGUGGUGGAUCAAUUGGAUCUUGUGACAGAUUUGCUUGGCACACCCUCUGCUGAAACAAUUGCAAGGAUCCGGAAUGAAAAAGCUAGAAAUUAUUUGAAUAGCAUGAGAAAAAAGAAACCAAUUCCUUUAUCAAAAAAAUUUCCGAAUACUGAUCCAUUGGCCGUCAAUUUGCUUGAGCGUCUAAUUGCAUUUGAUCCUAAUGAUCGUCCAUCUGCUGAAGAGGCAUUAGCUGAUCCAUAUUUCCAUGGAUUGGCAAAUGUGAACAAUGAACCAUCCAUGAAACCCAUUUCAAAAUUUGAAUUUGAAUUUGAAAGAAGGAAAUUAGCAGAAGAUGAUGUCAGGGAGCUAAUUUACAGAGAGAUUUUAGAGUACCAUCCACAGAUGCUUCAGGAGUACCUUCAAGGCAAUGAUCAGAUUAGCUUCAUGUAUCCAAGUGGAGUUGAUCAGUUUAGGCAACAAUUUGCCUGUCUUGAGGAAGACAGCAAAAACGAAAGAGGCAUUCUCCUCCAAAGGAAAUAUACAUCUUUGCCUAGGGAGCGAGUCUGCAAUGAGGAUACCGAUCACAUUGAUCAAUCAAAAAAACGUACGGUGGCUUCUGCUUCUCGUGGAACACUUCAAAGCCCUACAAAAUUGCGAGAAUCUGGGGAAUUGGAAUAUGCAAACCAGAGCGUGUCAGGGAUUCAGAAAGUCUCUGGAAAACCUACGCACACCCCCCGUCGCCUGUUGAAAAGUGAUAGCAUCAGUGCUUCAAGGUGUGUGGGUGUCAUUCGAAAACCUUGUGAGGUGAACAAUGAAAUACAGAAAGUGGUAGCUUAAUGUGCUUGGUCAUCAGCGUUCGGCAAAGAUAAUAUGCUGGUGCUCUGUUUUCUUUUUCUAGGUCCUCAACUUUCCUUUGAAGGUUUUUAAACCAGUCUUCAUUGGCCAUAAAAAUGGUGGAAACUUACUAGAGCUCUUCUAUGGAUGGCUCUUUAAUGAACUAAUAUGUGGUGACCCUACUGAUGUAGCUUGUAGCUGUUAUUUAUGGUUCUUCAUACGAAGUUACUUACCUGUUUGCCAUUGAGUACGUUUAACAAAUUAUUUUCAUCUCCCAAUAUGCUAUAGUUCACUUGGAUUCAGCUACACUUUCUCGUGAAUCAAGCAAUUCAAUUACGGGCACAUUUUGGCA